AUGGGCAACAAACGUGCGACAUCGCCGUCACCAUCACCAUCCUCGGUGGCAGCCGCAAAGGAUAAUAAAAAACCCUCACAGCAUGAAAUACUUCAAACGGCACGAGUCGCGCUGGAGCUGACACGUGCGGAUGAGCUGUGGUCGGCGUGGUACAAGGAGUCGGAGGACAAGUUUGCCGACUUCCAGUCCUUCGGAGACACGGAAGGGGGGCCGAACGCCUUCGCCGCGACAGGGGCCAACCCCAGCAGUGGCGGUGCCCAGUUUAGCAGUUCCCACCGCACACUCAGCGCCCGCCGGGUCAGCGGGCAGUUUGAGGAGGAGGUGUCGAAGUCAUGGGAUGAAGACUGGGAGGAUGAGGAUGUGGAAGACACGUUUGACGCCAUCAUGGGCCAAAUUGGGCGCUAUGAGGCUUCAAGGGCCGCUUCUGCGUUCAGGUGA